AGAGAGAGAGAGAGAGAGAGAGAGAGAGAGAGAGAAGAGAGAGAGCGUGCACUGCAAUGGAAGAUGUGAAACGCGAGCGAGCUGCUGAAGCUUCAAGUUCGACCGGUUCGAAGCGACAAAGACGUGAAGAAUUGAUGGAAUUACCAUUGGAUGGGCGCGACAGCAGAUCGCCUCUUCUUCCCUCUUUGGACUCGGCAGAGAAGAUCAAUGUGCCGUCGGAGUCCAGAGAGAAUUCUGGGCCAUCUGCUUCGUACACCUCUGUGAUUGAAAAUAAUUACUAUGUAUUCUUGAGUUUUAGAGGUCCCGAUACUCGUAAAGGCUUCGUCGAUCACCUCUACCAUAAACUUGUAGAUGUGGGCCUACCAUUCCAUCCAAACUUUGUGUUCAGAGAUGAUGAGAACCUCCGCUUGGGCGAGCCAAUUGCUGAAAAUCUUCUCAGUGCAAUCAAGCGCUCUAAAGUUUCAAUCCCAGUUAUUUCAGAAAACUAUGCUGCUAGCGAAUGGUGCCUCCGCGAAAUCAUUCAGAUAAUGGAGUGCGUGGAAAGUGGAAAACAAAAGGUCUAUCCCGUGCUUUACAAGGUGACAACCGGUGAUGUGCGAGACAUGCGGGGAAAAUUUGGAGAUGCCUUCCGAUGCCACAACUAUACAUUUGACAAAGAGGUCGAGCGAAAAGGGCGGGAAGCGCUCAAAGAAGCAGUUGAACGUAAAAUAGUCGAAUCAGAGAAAUUUGCUAGUGGGUGUGAAGGGGAAUUAGUAAAAGGACUCGUAGAAAUAAUAAUGCGCAACCAGCAACAUGAUUUUCUACCAUCUCUUCCUAAGGACUUGAUUGGAAUUGAUGAUCAUGUGGCCAGGGUUAUAAAUUUGGCGGAUACUCAAACUAUGAAAUCAGCCAAUACUGCUUCUUCUGAAACUCAAAAUAUUGUGAUUUAUGGAAUCGGCGGCAUCGGUAAGACAACUUUGGUUACGACCAUCUAUAAAAAGCUUUCUAACAAAUUUCCAUACCGCAGCUUUCUCAAGGACAUUAGAGAAACAAUUAAAAGCAAGGGUAUGAAGUAUGUCCAAUCUCUACUAAUAUCAAAUUUAACAAAAAGAAGUGACCAUAGUGAGCGUGAUUCUGGGAUUGAAAUGAUCCAACUUAGUUGUGACAAAAAGAAGGUACUUAUUGUUCUUGAUGAUGUGGAUCGUCAAGACCAUCUUGAUAAUUUGAUUGGAGGUUGUAAUUUCGAGUCAGGAAGUUGGAUCAUUAUUACAUGUCGAGAUAAGGCACUCUUGAAGUCUGAAUAUAAAGGUUAUGAACUCAAAGAAAUGGAUAGCAAAGAUUCUUUGCUUCUGUUUUGUAAAAAUGCAUUCAGAGGGGAAGAGCCUCCAACAAAACUCAUGGCUCUUUCUAGGGCUAUUAUUGACACCAUAGGGAGGCUUCCUUUAGCUCUCGUGAUUAUAGGUUCAUUUCUCAGAAGAAAAGAUAAAAGUAUAUGGACAGAGACACUAGAGAAAUUGAGGAAGGUUCCUCAUAUGGAUGUACAACAAAAGUUGAGGACAAGUUAUGAUUCAUUAGAAUAUCAGGAACAACAAAUGUUUCUAGACAUAGCAUGCUUUUUUAUUGGAAUUGACAAAAGAAUUGCCGCCUACCUAUGGGAGGAUCUCCAAUAUUGUCCACAUUCUGGGUUGGAAAGAAUGAUUGAACUUUCAUUAUUGAAAAUUGAUGAUAACAAUGAGUUGAGAAUACAUGAUCACUUAAGAGAUUUAGGCAGAGCUAUUGCCCAUCCAGUAGAUAAGAAGCCUUGGGAUUGUAGCAGACUGUGGGGCGAAGAAGCCAUAAUAGUUCAACGAAGCAAGGAGGAAAAUAGAAAUAUCGAGGCAUUACGUUUGGACGAAAAUGGCUCAAGAAGGUUCAUGAAGCGACAAAGCUUUAAAGGAAUGCCUUACUUGAAGCUCCUUCAUUUGAGUAAAGUGGAUUUUGUUGGAGAUUUUGAUGAUUCACUUUCUGAACUAAGAUGGCUAGAGUGGAAGAUGUGUCCUAACUCCUUCCAGGCGACCAAUGUUGAUUUGGAGAAAUUAGUCAUACUUGAUUUAUCAGGAGGUUUUAUUAGUGAAAGUUGGGGAGGAUGGAGUUCAAUUAAGAUGGAGAGAUUGAAAGUUCUCAAUCUUUCGCGGUGCUCAAAGUUGAAGAGCACCCCUAAUCUCUCUGGAUUUAAACGUUUAGAGAUGCUAAUUUUGAGAUAUUGUGAUAGUUUAGAGGGAUUCGACCCUUCCAUUGGAGACGUCAAGUGCCUUGUAUCUUUGAACUUGAGGUAUUGUGGGAAGCUCAAGAAUUUACCCAAACGACUAGGUGAACUAAGAAAAUUGGAGGAACUUCUCAUAGAUGAGACUGAUAUAUGCUCAAUCCCUACUUGUAUAGAAUUUCUGACGGAACUGAAGAUGCUUAGUGCCGUGGGUUGUCAAAAACUGACUCAAGUUCCCAACUCAAUAAGCCAUCUAGUAAAUUUGUCGACCCUAAACUUGAACACCUGUAAAGAAUUGCAUGAACUUCCCGUCCAGGCUUGUAGAAAAUUGCGGCGCUUGUUGUUAGCGGGCUGCUACAAAUUGACAAAGAUCCCUUUUUCAAUCGGGGAGAUGAGAGAAUUGGUUGAGCUGGAUUUGUCAUAUACUAGCAUUGAGGAAUUACACAAAUCCAUUGGGAAACUGAAGAAAUUGGAAAUUCUGAGGAUUUCUCAUAGCGAGAUCGAAAAGUUACCAAGUGCUAUCGGAAAACUGGAAAGCCUCCAAGAGUUAGAUGCCUCAGGCUGCCGUAAACUGGAAGUAGAAAUUUCUGUUGAUAAAGGUGGACUGUCUUCUCUAAGGACCCUUUGUUUAGGUCGAGCAAAAAUUUCUCGCUUGCCGGAAUACUUCCAUGAGCUUUCUACUCUUGAACACCUUGAUUUACUCCACUGUAGUGAGCUUGAGUCACUAGCAGAACCUCCUUCCCGCUUAUCAUCCCUCCAGCUCACCUGUCUGAAAGACACGCUUCCAUCGCUCUCUCACCUAAGUCAUCUGAAGGAACUUACCGUUCACUGUUGCAUGUCUCUUCGAAGCAUCCCAGCACUUCCCCCGGGCAUACGGACGCUCCAAGUUUGGAAAUGUCCCAAAUUGGAAAGGUUGUCAAAUCUUCCCAAUUUAAUAUCCUUGUUGGAAUUAGAGCUCUUGCAAUGCUAUGGGCUGAAGGAAUUGGACGGUCUGGAAGCUUUGAUAUCCCUAAGAAAGUUGGACGUGUCCACUGACACAAAGCCGUCCAACCUCGACUAUGAAGCUUCAGAGCAGUUGAGACACCUGGAAGAGCAGAGCUCUGAUGGGGAGGCGGAUAAUCUCCAUGAGAUACCUGGCCUUGGCCAAUUGGAAUCUCUGGAAGAGUUGAGUAUCUCCGCGCGCAAGCACAUUGCCCAACUAGACCUUUCAAAGUCGGAACAUAUGAAGCAAUUGAUUGUUAAUAAUUGUGAAAGCUUAGUUGACAUUCGCUUCCAUGAUAGGAUAAAAUCCCUGGUACGCUUUGAUAGGGGUAAGUGCCAGCCAAAUAUCACCAGACUCUUCAGCACCUGAUAGGUCAUUUGAUAGUACGGGACACUUUAUUCAACGGAAAGAGCAGCUAAGCUGACUAAGGUUCACAGGCUCAAGAUAGUUUUACAUUUGAUAUUACUGGAUACGAUUCGAUGUCGGCGACACCAAAAAGACUGAGUUGAGGACACUGCAAUGCAAGAAAGAAAUGUGAAGGAGAUUCAAGCUAUGGCACCACGACAAAGAUCUGAUUCUGGAGAUUGCUAAAGUCUCCUUCCAAAUGUAAAUGUAGCUGGUAAGCUGCCGCUUUUCUGUUGAGAUUGCUGUCUUAUGUAUUUUCAGUUUGCAAGGGGAUUUUUUUUCGACGUGUUAUUAUUUUUCAUCAUAGUCCCAGGAACUGGGAGAAGUUGUUUGAGCAAGUAAAUGUAAUGCUUUAGUGUUAUCUAGCUCGUGAUCAUGAUAAGAAUGAAAUGGCUCAUAAUGCCUCCAGUA